UUGGAGAAGGAAAAAAAUAAGCGAAGGAAAUUAACAGAAGUCAAAAGAAAAAUCCUGCAUUCGCCUGAAAAUGGAAAUAAAAAUGAUAAGUCAACAAGCACGAGCCAAAAAAUAAUUGAGAAGAGAGCAAAAUUAAGGAGGAUGAAAUCAAGAUUACCAUCAUCAUCCGAGUCAGAUAUUGACAUGAAUGAUGUUUGCAGUGACACUGAAAAUAAUGAUGUUAAUUUGAAUUUAUGUGGCAUAUGUGAUGACUAUGGUGCAGACAAUGAGUUAUGACGAUCAGUUAUUUUAUCCAGAUCCUGUGGGUUACUACUUGGUCCAGAGGAACUGCUUGAUUGUGUUAAACCUUCGGAAGUAGGAGGUCCAGAGAUAAUGGAUAAACUUGCUAAAAUAUCGGGAUUGUAUCUGAGGAAUUUUUUUUCUCUCAGUCUUGAUGCUAACAAUUCUGAAGCUUGUUUAGAAAGAUUUAAAUCUCUUACAAGAUCUUCUAACUCAUUUUGGGAAAAGCAUUUUGGCUCAUUUGACAUACCUUCAAAAUCAGCAUCAUUUUGUGAUGAGCUAGGUCCUUCAAUGUCUUGUUCUAAGGGUUUAGAUAUAUUUUUAGGCACUGAAGAGUCAGGUAAUAUCGCAAAAUCAAAGUGGAAGAAUCUAAAGGAUCAGUUCAGGCGCGAAACCCAAAAAAUUCCUGUUUUAAAAUCCGGAUCAAAAGCAAUACCAACUAAAAGUAAAUGGCAGUACUUUGAAAGCAUGCAAUUUUUACGUGAUUAUACAACACCUGCACCGACUCAGGGUAAUUUAAAUGAUACCAGACAUUCGCAAGUCAAUGAAACACAACAAGAUGCUAGUGAAAAUACCGAUGAUGAAAUAGAACAUAGUACAAGUAAUGACGAAAGUGAUGCAGAUGUCACAAUGAAUUAA